CUUUUGGUUGGUCAUUAGUAGCUAGAAAGAAAAUUGUUACUUGCUAGCAUACAAAUAAAUGAGAUAAAAUCGCAACGUUAAUGGAAUUGCGUAGUUGGUUUGGGAGCUAGUUUACAAAGUGGAAACUGACCAAUGAAUGGAAUGGAAAAGACUCCUGAGGUAAUCAUCGGACGGCCCCCGAGUGCCACGACCAGCCUCCCGAGCUGCGCCCUGCAACACAACCAGACACAAUGAAGAAAAUAUUCAGCUUCGCCAAGAAAAAGAAGGGGUUCUCUCCUAAUUCGUCUGACACGGGCAGCGUGCUGUCGGUCGGAUAUGAGAUUAAGGAGAAAGAUUUAAGCAAGGUCCAUAAAGCCGCAUCUUCUGGCGAUCUUUGCAAGCUGAAACAACUCGCGAAGAAGAAUGAUUUAAGUCAGUUGGAUAAAGAAAACCGAACGCCUCUACACAUUGCCUGUGCUAAUGGACAUGUUGAGCUUGUGCAGUUCCUGGUGGAGAGCAAAGCCAAACUGAACCUAUGUGACAAUCAAAACAGAUCACCGUUAAUGAAGGCAGUGCAGUGCCAGCAGGAGCGCUGUGUGAUCACCCUUCUGGAGCACAAUGCUGACCCCAACCUGGUGGACAUCAAUGGGAACACAGCCUUGCACCUGGCUGCCCUCAUCCCCUCUAUCUACAUGGCUGGGCAGCUCCUGGAGCAUGAAGCCAACGCCAAUGCACAGAACAAGGAUGGUUGCACCCCUCUGACCCUGGCUGUGACUGAGAACCAUGUGGACAUGGCAGAGUUCCUUUUGAAGGAGGGAGGAGAUGUGAAUGUGCCUGACCAGGGCAAGAGGACGUCUUUGAUCAUUGCUGCUUGUAACGGCCACAUCAGCAUGGUGCGCCUGCUGUUGCUCUACAAUGCCGAUGUAACAAUAAAGGAUGACAACGGGUGGACGUCUGAUGACUAUGCUGUGAUGAACGGUCACCAUGGAUGUUCUCAUCUGAUAAUUGAACACGGAACAAGGGGGAAGACUCAGCCAUCGCCUUCGCAUUUUGCUCCUGCCGGCAAGAAGCGGGCGGCCAUAUUGGGUGGUCCUGCCCUUGGAGGACCAGCCACUGACAGAGAAGAUCUGCAGCUGUCAGGAGCAGCUGAAGCAGGGAAAGUUGAUGAAGACGAGUCACAAGCAGAAUCUAUCAGUAGAGCAUCAAAUAGAGGCGGCGGUGAUUCAUGGCCUUCUUCAGAUGAAGAUGAGUUAGACUUCAGCCCAAAGAAACCACAAAAGCCAAACCUAAAGAAACUACUGAGUGUCUCACAAAAGGGGAGGACUGAUGUGAUAGCGGAUGUGGAUAGAUCCUCGAGUGAAUGCCAGUCCGAGCAGGAGAGUGAGGGUGGCGCCCAGAGAGACUCCUCCCUCCCCGUGGCUUUACCCCUGACCGCCCUCCCCAAACCAGCAUCCCUAUCUCCCCAAUCCUCUUACAAACCUCCAACCUCCACCCCUCCCAGCCGCUGUAAAAAGGAUAACAUUUCCACUGAAGAUGAUGAAGAUGAUGAGGAUGAAGAUGAAGACAAUGCUGAAGAAACCAAAGACGAUGAUGAUGAAGAGGAUGAUGGAGAGGUUCCUGAUAUUAAUACAUGUGCUCAGGAUGGUCAGAAGUCAUCUGUUGCUGCUAGUGUAACUAGUGAACCUUCUAAAGAUGUCAAAAGAGAUUUCCUGUCAGAGUUGGGUCUGGAGGGAGGGGAUGAGGAGGACUCGCCCUGGGACUCUGAGUCUGGCUCUGACAGUCCAGGGAAACUGCAUGUUGUGGCCCACUCCCCCGUAAAGACACACAAAGUGAUGGCCAGCAUUUCAGAGGAGAACAAUGAAGACCUGUUUUACAUUCCUUCUUUCUUAAGAGGAUCAAGAAACUGUAGGAUGGCUUAUCUAGAGACUCCCAGGAGAUUAGUGAGGAUGGGAGACCUUUCAGCACUGGCUUUGCAAGACGACGGUUUGGAAAAGAAGCCUGUAUUAAAAGCCCAGCCAGCCCCUAUCUUAUCCAAACCAGCUGAACCUAAAGACGUUGCUGUCGAAAACACAGAUUUAAUGGAAGAACUAGGUUUGGAUGAUGCUGAUGAUCUGGAGGAUGCUUCAGACUGGGACACUGCAAGCACCGCCAGCAAGAACAUCCCUAAGCGCAAACUGGCGUCGCCCUUAGGAGAAGAGCCAAGCGUCAGGCAACCUGUGGCUCCAAGCAAAGACCAGGGCCCCCCCAGCCCCACUGCCCAAACCCCUCCACUGCCCAGUCCUCGAUCCUCUAACCCCAGCACAACCCUGCAGCCUCAACCGCAUCCCCGUGGCAGAAAACCUCUACCUGUGAAAGCAGAGAGCGAGGAAGAUUCUGACUGGGAUUCAGAAAGUGGAACUCCUGCCUCUAGUCCAAGGAAGUCUGGAAAACUGCAGCCAAAUAUGCCUGAAGACAAAGCCAUAUCUAAACCAGACACCCUGCCAAGUCCACAUCAGCUCAGUCCUGAGGAUGGAGGGGGCACGGAGUCAAAGGAGGAGCUACACAAGGAGAAGCAUGGCAUAGAUACCUCGGGUUCAGAUGUGAGUAACCCUACCCACAUCGUCCCUGGGGAGUCGCACAGUCAUGCGACUCAGGAGGAAGAGGGCAUCAGGACAGGAGAUAAGGCUAGCGUGCCAUGGGAAAAGCGCUAUGAGAAGAUAUGGGUGGAGAUUGAGAAAAGGGAGGUGAAAUCGCAGUUCAAGAGUGUUGCGGCCGAGCUAAAGGAGAAGUUUGGGGAAAUGGAGAAGGAAGUCAUAGACCUCACCGUUGUCGCAAGCAGGGGAGAGGAUGAGGAUGAGCAAAAGGAGGAAGACAUUCCAUUCCCAACCGCAGAGGAAGAAUCCAGUGAGGAAGAGGAGGUGAUUCAGCCUCCUGCCAGAGCGAAGAGCUUAGCCCUGCUGCCAAUUCCUGAGCAGAGAGAAUCGGGGCUGGAGGACUCGAGUACGGAGCCAGCUGAGAGCCCUCAGGUGGAGAGAAGAGCACUGCUACAGACUGGCUCCCCGCAAGACCCUUGCAGUGCUGACAGCAGCCAGCAGGGGGAGCCUGACCACAUCACAAACAACCAAGAGAACAAGCAAAUUCCUGUUCUGCAGCUAGCAGGAAGUGAUCUCAAGGACGAUGACACUAACCUUGAUGUUGAUGCUGGGAACUGCGGCGAAUGCAGAACUCCACUCCACUCUGACAAAAGCUCCAUCAGUGAACCCGAACUCCAGCCCAGCAAGGAGACCAAGCCCUGUGCAACCACACAGAGAACACACAAAGAAUCCGAGGUAGAGGAGGAAGACUCUGAAAGAAGCCUGAGCCCCUCCCUCCACACCAACCCCUCAGCCUCCCUGCGCUACUCUGACGAAGAGCUGGAGGAGGAUCGGCACAGGUUCCAGCGCGAGGUAGGGAAGCUAAGGGUGGUGUUCCUGGAUUUGGAGAAGGAGAAGUCGCAGCUGCGGAAAGAGGUUGGCUUGGAGAAGAAAAACGUUAUUUCUGUGGUGCAAAGACCAGGUGGAUUGUGGGACGUUGAAGGACCAAGCAGACAGUCUGUGCACGAGUCUCAGGAGGUGAGGCCUCCUCAGACCAGCCAAAGACCGCAGCUGAGUGAAAAGGGAACUGGGGUGACUCCAAAGGACGAGACUAGGGACAGUCGUCCUCAAGGGGAUUCCUCUAAAAGUCCAAAGAGCGGCAGCACGGUCUUGGAGCAGGAAGGCGACGGUGUAGAUACAGGUGAAAGGAUCACCCAGCGGCCCCCGUCUGGGCCCCGGCAGGCUGCCCACACUAAUGGAGACCCUCUCUCUGUGUUUGACGAUAGUACUGUCAGUGAGGUGUCUGAGGAUGAUGGAAGGUUUGCAGCCGCAGGAAAUUGUAGAAGCAAGGGGGACAGUGAGAGGGAAAUGGCAGAUGAUCUGGAUGAGCUCACUCAGUCCUCGGACACUCCCACCGAGGAUGAGUUCUCCCCCACCUCAGGGUACCGCAACGCCUCCCUUCUCAUCCAGCAGCUCGAUUCCUCCUCAGUCGACUCUGUGAGCAUGGUGAAACUGCAGAACAUGUUCCACGAAUACGAGCGGACCAUCCAGAGAGAGAGGGGGCGCUACAGUCUGCUGGCAGACAAGGUGUCCCGGCUGGAGAAAGACCGGGCCGAGCUGAGGCGGGCCGUGGAGGAGACCCGGGAGGGCAGGUCUGCCCUGGAGCGCAGACAGGUGGAGCUGGAGACCGACAUGAACAACCUCAAGUUUGCACUGAAGCAGGAGCAGGAGAAGCACAGGAAUGCGGCCAUGCUGUACGAGAAGAGCCGGGAGCAGCUUCGUAAGAAGGAGGAGCAGCAGCGGUCCGAGGCAGAGGAGCGGCAGAGGAUGGAGCUGGCCAUGAGGAACCUGGAGCUGGAGAAGAGAACGCUCACCAUCAACCUGAAGCAGCUGGAAGAGGACCGCAGCGAGGCCCAGCGGAUGCUGAACCAGGAGCGCAGUGCCCGGGCUCUGCAGGAGGGCGUGCUCAACUCCCAUCUGCGCAAACAGAAGGAGAUCGAGGAGGAGAACCGCAGGAACUUCAACAAGAGCACCGAGGCCAUGUCCCAGCUGUCGGAGGCCAGUGACCGGGAGCGGGAGCUGAUGCAGCAGAGCCGCAGCCUGCAGGAGGAGGUGACGUCCCUGCAGCUGGAGCUGGACCGCUCGCGCGCCCACAGCCGGCAGGAGGAGGGCCGGCUCUCCGAGGAGAGCGAGGUCCUGCGGGAGAGGCUGGAGGACGUGCGGCAGGAGCUGAAGGUCAGCGAGGAGGCCCUGGCGCAGACCGUCUUCCAGUGCAACGGCCAGCUGAGCGCCCUGAAGGCCGAGGCCUCCGUGGCAGCCGCCAAGCUGGAGCACGAGCGGCAGGCCCGCGAGAAGCUGGAGGCGGAGGCGGAGACUGCCCGGGCGCGGCUGACCUCCGCGCUGCGGGAGGUGGAGCACAGCCAGGCGGGGAGGGCCGAGGCCGAGAGAGCCCUGCAGAGGGAGCGCGACGACUGGCAGCGGGCGCAGGAGAAGCGGGACGGCGAGGCGGCAGGGCAGCGGGAGACCAUCCACGGCCUCUCCCAGCGUCUGGGCAAGGCCGAGGCCAAGGCCAACAGCCUGGAGAACGAGUGCCACCGCUCGGCCCUGGCCCUCACCGAGAAGACCCUGCUGCUGGAGACGGUGGAGCGGGAGCGCGAGCAGGCCCAGGCCCGGCUGAAGGAGCAGGACGCCGCCCUGCUGGCCGAGAGGGAGCAGCGCAGCAAGGCGGGCGCCCGGCAGGAGGCCCUGCAGGAGCGGCUGGGCCAGGCGCAGAGCGAGAACAUGCUGCUCCGGCAGCAGCUGGAGGAGGCGCACGGCCGGGGCGCGGUGAAGGAGCGGGCGGUGGCCGACGCGCAGGAACGCUUCGGAGACAUGCUGGCCCAGCUGCGGUCCGACAGCGACGGCCGCGUGCACAUGGUGGAGGAACGGAGCCGGGAGCUGGCGGACAAGAACGCGGAGCUCCGCGAGCAGGUCCGCAAGCAGGAGCACGAGAGCGCAGAGAGAGAGCACUGUUCUGAGUCUCCCAGUGUAAGUCACUGCCCUGAAUGCUCCUCUGUUCUCUGGUGGAAGGCCAAACUGAGGCAGCUGCAGCAGGAGCUGGCCGACUCGCUGAAGAAGCUGUCCAUGUCCGAGGCCUCGCUGGAAGUCAACACCCGUUACCGCAGCGACCUGGAGGAAGAGAAGGUGCGUCUGCAGAAGGAGAUGGACAGGCUGAAGGGAAAGCUGCAGGACGGCGAGGAGCAGUACGUCCAGUCCGAACGCCGCGUCCACAGCUUGAAGAGCGCCCUGGACGACAAAGAGCGAGAGGUCAUCGCCUCGGCUCAGAAACUGCAGGAGGUCCUGUCGGCUUCCUCGGUGGCCGAAAAAACGACCAAGCAGCUGGAGGAGGCAGUACAGCGUAUGGAGAUCGAGAACGCUCGGCUAGAGGCCACAGCGAAGCAGCAGAUCAACAGGAUCGAGGUGCUACAGAAAGGAGCCCAGGAGGCUGCACUGCCAUCAGAGUCUUCACCUGGCGGAAUGGUAAGGAACCGUUUGGAGGGUUUGGUCACAGACCUACAGGGAGCGAAGAUUAACUUGGAAGAUCAGCUUAGUCGAGAGGUCCAGAAGCAGAGUGUGCUAUCCCACAAUGCCCAGGGCUCCCACCAGCUGUGGGAGGAGGAGCUGAAGAGCCGCUCCAGGUUGGGCCUCCGAUUGGCUGAGCUAGAGAAGGAGAAAGAAGAUCUCUCAACCCAGAUGGAUAUCGAGCGAAAGAAGGUGAAGAAGAUCUCAGAGCAGAAAAGGUCUGUUGACGAGAGACUGGAUCAGGAGAUGAAGAGAAACACAGACCUGCAGAAGGAAAUGUACAGGUUGAGGACUCUGGUGAAAACAGCCAAAAAGAAGCUACGGGAGCAGGACUCGGGGGAACUGGCCUCCCCACUGAACAGCCUUCGAGGGGAGAUGGGCCACAGACAGAUGGACACCGAUGCUGCCGUUGGCAGGAUGAAGGCGGACGAGCUCUCGCUGCAGCUGGAGAAGGAGGCUCUGAAGAGAAGCAGGCUGGAGGCUGUGAACGGCGAGCUGAUGGAGCAGCUCUCCUCCCUCAAGACCCUGACCAGGAGCCACGAGAGGCUGGAGAGGAGCAAGAGGCAGCUGGAGGAGGAGGUGUCCAGCCUGCGGAGGCAGAUGGAGACCAGCAUGAUGGACCAGAACCAGGCUGAGCAGUACCGCCGUGAAACUGAGGAGCGGGCCCGCCAGGAGAUCAGGCAUAAGCUCGAGGAGGUCAACCUCUUCCUGCAGACACAGGCGGCCUCCCAGGACGCCCUGGAGCAGAUCAAAGCAGCCAAUGAGGCGGGCCUCCGGAGCCAGCUGGAGCAGCGAAUCCGGGACCUGGACGGUGAACUGAGCCGGCUCCGCAGCAGCCAGCAGGACAGCCUCUCCCAGAGGGACUCCACCAAGACUGAGCUGGACCGCUACCGCCAGCUCUACGGCGAGGAGCUCCGGCUACGCAAGUCCCUGGCGGGCAAACUCGAGAGGUCCAAUGAGAGGCUAGCGGAGACCAACACCAGGCUGCUGAGUGAACGGCAGCGCAGCAAGUCCCUCAUCACCAGCAGUAUUGUCAAUGGCGGCCUGGCAGGGCCCUCCCUGGACAUGGGCCCGCUGGGGUCUGUGGGGACCUACGGAGCCACACUGGGGCCCCUCAACAGGAGCCUGAACCUGGGAGGCAGCUUCCUCAGCCCAGUGGGGGAAGGACACAACAGCAGGGUGGAGGCCUACCUGGCCAAGAUGCAAAGUGAAUUGGAAAAGAACAUAUCAAAGGAACUGGACCAUGCUGCAGCAGAGCUGGAGGGGGGGUCGGCGCGUCUGUCCCCCGUGGGCUCGGCGGCUGGGUCACAGAAGACCCUGAAUGUGGACCAGGACCCGGUGACCCGUGCCACUCAGCAGUACCUAGAAGUCUUAAAGAAAAACUACAUGAUUUGACACUACAGCCACACUCACCCUGUUUACAUCCACCCGGAUUGGGAGGGCAGGUAUUCAAUCUGCCUGCUCUUCCCUGUAUACCACAUAUGGCCAUCACCUGCUCCUUUUUAUUCCUGGAGAUGGUAUAUGAAAAUGAUGCACGCUGCACUUACUUGCUCAGGCGCAAACCACAUCCAUUUUAAUGUUGUUGAAGCCAUAUUUUCACAUAUGAUUAAAGUGGUUCCAUGUGGAGAACCACACCUUCAGAAAAAUACGGCUUUUAACUUCUCCUUGGAAACAUUGGAUUUAUUUUGACAGUGUGUAUAUAUAGCUGAGUCCCACUUAGUGUGAGGUCAAGUUUUCUCCUUAACUGAAUAAAAAAUGAAUUAAGUGUGACUUCCUGUUACUUGUAUAAGUGGGAGCAAGUAGUAUUUAAAAAGAAAAAGAAAAAGGAAAAAAAAGGGGGAAAAGGUUGAAAAACAAAUAGCUCAAAUUUGCCAUCUGGAGUUAAAGCCACUUUAAGGUAAGGUUGAAUUAGGCUUGUCCUAAAAUCUGUCUUAGUUUGUCUGAAAUGUUUUUCUUUGCUCCAAGAGUAUUACAAUGAAUCUUAAAUAUUAUUGCCAAGUCGGCAGUUUUUACAUUACAUUUGGUACAUGCCAUGAAAUGGUGCAAUAUGUUUUUGUCUUGUUUUGUAAUGACUAUUCAUUUGAGACGCCUGUUUUUUUUAUUUAAAAAAACACAAGAUUUACUUGAAUGAGACAAACUAAUGAUUGUCCAUGUAUUUAUCCAGGGUAUAGAUAUUGUAACAUGUUUUGUUCAUUGUAUUUAAGGUAGCCAUUUUAAAAAGAAUCUUGUAGAAACAACUGUCUGAGACCAAAUGGAGUUCUCCCCAUUAAGUUUAUACAAGUUGCCAGGAGAAAACGAGCAUAAAUGCAGUACGCAACAGCCUCUGAAAGAUGUAUGUGUGUGUGUGUAUCCUAACGGUUCUCUCUUAUCAUUGAAGAAAUUGUUGGGUUUGGGAGCUUAUACAGGUCAGUAAUGUGAUGGUGCUAUUGUGCAGUCUGGUGAAGAAGCAACACCCUGAUAACCCAAGAGCUGAUUACAAGUCUCAACACCACUGUAAAGUUGACCUGUCUCACUGCUACACUGGGGCAAAGGAUAAUUGUAAAUGGUCAGCUGUUUCUCCAUGCUUAUCUUUGUAUUUUUCAAUUAAAAAAUGUAAACUAA